CUGCUUCUUCCACUCGUCCUAGUUUCACUUCUUCUAUUCAUUCUCCUUAUCCCAAGGGGAAACUCUAUUAUUCCAAGUCAUAUAACUCUCUCUUUCCUGUUUCUUGUUUUCUACCGUUCACCCCUUCCUUCCUUGGGGAAACAUCCUGGCAGCAUUCGCUUCUCUUCCUCACGCGUCCAGCCUCAUAGACUACUUCGAACUUACCUGCAAUGACAACUCGCGACUAAGAUCUCCUUUGCAAUCACAUCCAUCACUAUGCCUCAAGCCUCUGGGGAUACCACCGCCGAUGAGGCGCUGGCUCGUUUGGGCUACAAAAGCGAGUUGCCGCGCAAUUUGAGCAUGCUCAGUAUUCUAGGCCUGUCCUUUGCGAUCAUGGCCGCCCCCUUUGGUCUCAGCACCACCCUUUACAUCACCCUCGCAGACGGCCAGUCUGUGACCAUCAUCUGGGGCUGGGUUCUCGUGACGCUCAUCUCCGUCGCCAUCGCCGCCUCCCUGGCCGAGAUCUGCGCCGUCUACCCCACGGCUGGCGGGGUCUAUUAUUGGAGUGCCAUGCUGCCGACCCGCCGCUGGGCCCCAAUGAUGUCCUUCAUCGACGGCUGGCUGACGCUGGUCGGCAACUGGACCGUCACCCUCAGCAUCACCUUCUCUGGCGGGCAGCUGAUCCUGAGCGCUAUCUCCCUGUGGAAUGAGGACUUUGUGGCGAAUGCGUGGCAGACGAUUCUCGCUUUCUGGGCGGUUAUCCUGGUCUGCGCCCUCGUCAAUAUCUUCUUUUCCAAGUAUCUGGAUCUCAUCAAUAAGGUGUGCAUUUAUUGGACGGCGGCGAGCGUGAUUAUUAUUCUGGUGGUCCUCUUGACGAUGGCCGAUGAUCGUCGGGAUGCAGAGUUUGUGUUUGGGCAUUAUGAUGCCUCGCAGAGCGGUUGGCCGUCUGGCUGGGCUUUUUUUGUCGGACUUUUGCAGGCCGCGUAUACUUUGACAGGCUACGGUAUGGUGGCUUCAAUGUGCGAGGAGGUGCAGAACCCGCAUCGAGAGGUACCGAAGGCCAUUGUCCUGUCCGUGGUAGCCGCUGGUAUCACGGGCCUGGUGUACCUGAUCCCGAUCCUAUUCGUUCUUCCCUCGGUGCAGUCCCUUUUGGACGUCGCUAGCGGACAACCAAUUGGGCUGAUCUUCAAGACGGCGACGGGUUCUGCCGGUGGCGGCUUCGGUCUUCUGUUCCUGAUCCUAGGGAUCUUGAUGUUUGCCGGCAUUGGCGCCCUCACAGCCGCCAGCCGCUGCACAUACGCCUUUGCCCGCGACGGAGCGAUCCCGGGAUUCAGACUCUGGCGACAAGUGAACAAGCGCCUUGAUGUGCCCGUGUGGGCCAUUAUUCUGUCGACGGCAGUGGACUGUCUGCUGGGGUUGAUCUAUUUCGGCUCCAGCGCGGCGUUCAACUCGUUCACGGGCGUGGCCACGAUCUGCCUCUCGACCUCGUACGGGCUGCCGAUCCUCAUCCUAAUGUGCCGCGGUCGUCGGGCGGUGCGCGGAUCGAGCUUCUCGCUGGGUCGGUUCGGGUAUGCGAUCAACGGGGUUGCCGUGUGCUGGAUCGUGCUGGCGGUGGUGCUCUUCUGCAUGCCCGUGUCGCUGCCAACAGACGCCAGCAGCAUGAACUAUGCAAGUGUGGUGUUUGCGGGUUUCGGGGCCAUCAGUAUCGGCUGGUACGUUGUGUAUGCCCGCAAGCACUUCACCGGGCCUCCGGUGGCGGAGGAGAUGGAUGGGAUGCCUGGAGUGAUGACGGGGAAGCCGGUCGACCCUGAGAAUGUGGUUGCGGAGGGAGAGAAAAUGCAGAGUAGUAGUUCGGGGAAGAUUUGAUAUUAUGUGGUGUCUUGCUUGGAUAUGAUUUUCAAUACUAUAGUUAUUCUGUGUUAUGAUUGUUUUGCCGGGUUAUAUGUAUGACUAAGUAGGU